AUGAUGACCUUUCGCGCCAACCUUGUCCCAAACAAGACUACCUCGAUCUUUGAGAUAAAACCACCCGAAGACAUCGAACAAGAAGACACCAGAAAGAAGUGCGAAGACUGUAUCGAUCCACCCCCCGAAGCCCAAACAGCCACUGAUACCCCAGACCCAGACCUUACAAUAACCAAGGAGAUGUUCAACAUAUUCCGACAGAAGGGAAAAGACUACCAAGCCUGGAUGGAUUACCCAGACGACACCAAUUGCCAAAGAUCAUGCAUCGUUUCACCAAGCAAACUGAGAUUGGAGGAUCUAUUACUGACCUCCGACGGCAUGCCUCAAUGGGAGAUGUAUGCCGAUGCGUGGGUAGGUCCACCCGAGGAAAUCGGUGAUCCCCGUCUUCUCGGUCUUCCAAUUGGUACAUAUUACCACAAGCUAUGCAUGCGCAGCCGCGGGCUCGAGAAAUAUGGUUCGGUGGGUUGGAAUAAAUACCACGGACGUGUGACGUACAGUGCUGUCUUCGCUGACAACAACGUGAGAGUUGACGGUCCUCAAUGGUCUCAAAUCGCCCAGGCUCACUAUCAGCAGCUAUUUGAGAUUGAUUCUCUAAAGUACGUUUUUCGGAUUACAGUCGUCAAUGAUGAGACUCAUCCUUUCGUGGAUGAGGUACUUUAUCCGAGAUAUGGGCUUGAGCUUGAAAGCGAUAGUGAAGUGAGGACAUGGCAAUAUGGGAGUGAUGAUUACCAGGAGAUUAUGGGGACUACGCUGGGGAAGGCUGUCGGGGCGCUAGUUUUGGGGGCUUUCCCUCGGGGUACGCGUCGCAUUGAUCUGAUUCAUACUUGGCAGUAUGAGGGAGACUUGCAGAUGAGAUUUGAUAUCUCAGAGGUCCUAGGCCGAGCUCAAUUGAGUGUCUAG